AUGGGUUCCUCUUGCUAAAAACAAAAUGAAAUCAUCACUGCUUAUCAACCAUCUGAAACAAUAGAACUGGAUGAUUUGAGAAUUGCCAAAGAAAUAUAUCCAAUUAAAGUUCAUCGAGGUUUCAGAAACACUUUUUAAAAAAAUAAAUAAGUCAAUAAGAUUGAAAAAGCUACUUCUCUUUCCCUUCUCCAAUAUGAACUACAAAAAUAUACUAAACAAAAUUAUUCCACUGAAAAAAUUAUUCCUACAGAAAUCAAAUAAAAACAUGAAAGCAAAAAAACCAAUAAGAAAAAACUUAAAGGCAUUAUUAAACCACAUGCAUCAUGUUAAUUGAUACAAUCAUCUGUUAGACUCAACCAUUAUUUAUAACAUUACGAACAUGAAUAUCGCGUAGGCUAAAGAAUACAUUCAGAAAAAUAGGUGAGAUUUAAUCUGCCCAAAAUGCAUAAUAAUUCUUCUCGUUCUUGCUCAAUCCCAAAAACAAGGUGUAAGAAACACAUUUGA